ACGCAGCAACAUUUGCGAGAAAAUCAGUUUGUGUGUGUGUGUCAGUAUUAUCUGAUGGAGGUACUGUCUAGUUAAAAAGUGUGUUCGACUUAAUGCGGCGCCGCAACAACUAACAGGCGGAUGACGUCAAAGUACCGCGAGAGUGAGUCGAAAAUAAACUUCUCCGGAUUUCUCUAAUCGCUUUCGCCAUACUUUGAAGUCAUCUGCCUGUUGGUUAUUGCCGGGCUACAUUCGUUAUAAGUGUAAAGACUCAAAACGUAGCAGAAUGACGUAAGAACGAACAAGGCGAAAACAAGCAACAGCCUUGCGUUUAUAAUUGUACACACCAGCGCGAAAUUGACAGUGCACGAUAAAAACUACAAUUACCACAAGGCUUUGCGACACGGGGUGACGUGGCCAGCGUUCCUCAACAGACCGGGGUGAUUUGAACUUCAUCAUUUAUUUUACGUAAUUUUACAUCACAAUGUCCGGGAAAAUCAAGAGCAGGAGUGCUGCAAAUGCCGACUCGAUAGCGGGCAGUGUAUCCUGCGACGAGCGAAUCCUACGGGAUUGCCAUCAGAUGUACAUUGAUCCGGACAGCGGACUGAUAGCGAUCGCUGGGUCGGUCGGGGUGACGUUGCUGCCUCCCCGCAAAAAAAUAAGUGUGAUGUUGAUGGGCAACCACUCAGCUGGCAAGAGCUCAUUUAUAAAUUGGUAUGUUGAGGAGCAUAUCCAAAGGACCGGGGUUGCUAUAGAGACGCAGGGCUUCAGCUUAGUUACAAGUGGGCGAAAGAGAGAAUCGCUCACGGGAAAUGCAACGCUGCAUCUAUACCCUCACUUCAAACCACUGCAGGAAUUUAAAGGAGUGUCAGAAUAUCUUGGCACCGAGAUUUGUACUUCGCGACAGAAACGUUUCAGCUUGGUCACUUUUGUUGACACUCCUGGACUAGUGGAUGGAGAUAUGAAGUACCCCUUUGAUGUGGACCAAGCUAUCCUAUGGCUUGGUGAUCUGUGUGACCUGAUCCUGGUCUUCUUUGACCCAAUGGGACAGGCCUUAUGCAAGCGCACACUCAACAUUGUAGAGAAACUGAAUGAGAAACAUGGAGACCGUCUUCGUUUCUAUCUUAGUAAAGCUGAUGAGGCUGGUGGAGAGUCUGAUCGACAAAGAGUUAUGAUGCAAAUUGUACAGGAGCUUUGCAAGCGUCCAGGACUCAACAAAUGUGGCUUCGACAUGCCCACUAUCUAUGUGCCCAACCCAAAUAAGCCCAGUCGAUGUGUCAAUCAGAUUGAUGAGGUGUGUCGCACUAUUGAGAAGACCAUUAACCAGACGGUGCAGAACACGCUUAACUCGAUGGAGAAGGACUGCAACCAUAUCACUGAGGCCAUUACUGAGACACUCGAUAAUGACAGGCAGUGUGGUAUAGAAAACCGUCGAGCACGCUUUAAGGGCUGUGUUUUGGGGAUGCUUGGAUUCACUGUGCCCCUGCUGCUGCUUGUUAUCCUUGUGCUUGGUACCCUAUCCAAAGAGAUGUUGGUGCUCAUGCUGGGUGAUACUGGCACAGAGGCUCUCUCGUUAUACGUGGCUCCUGCUGUGAAAGCAUUUGAGUCUCUGUCAAUAGAAGUUCAGCUGUACAGUUGUGCUGGAUUGGUGGUGUUGUCCUUCAUCUUCCUCCUCCUUGCACGUUUAUCCUUCAGAACUAAACCAACACUCUCUGGCAAGCAAAAAAGACAGCUUCAAGAAAAACUAGAAUAUGUCCAGGAAGCAGUCAAGUCCAAAAAGAAAAAUCUCUAUGAGGAGUACUUGCGGCAGAGUGUGGCUGAUCAGGACAUGCAUUGAGGGAUAACCAAAGUCUUCCGGAACGUGGAUGGGAAGAACAAAACCUAACCCAGAAGUAGACCACUAAACUGCCUCUAAUCGUACUCGUACUGUAGAGGACACAUCCAAGCUGUUUUAUGGACACUUGAACACUACUCUGUGUAUCUCAUAGCUUUUAGAAGACUUCCCACAUUGAGCAUUUAUUAAUGAUGAAACUGUGGACCAAUAAUGUAUUUGUUUUUUAUUUUUAGUCUUGUCAUUGCAAUAAAAUGAUGGUACUGUACAGGUAAAUUGAAGGACUGCAUUAAAGCAUCUGCCUUGUCCUCUCUGGGAUUAGAAGUAUAAUAUUAUCUAUGUUGUACCUAAAAUCUAUCAUAUUGAAUGGGUGAGAAGCCAUUUGUAUGUGACCGAUACUCCAUAUUUAAUCACAUCAUGGUCAAUUUUACUAGAAAUAUUUAAACUGCUUUUGUAUACCAUGGUUUCCUACAUUUUUAUGUCAACUGUUACUGAUUAAAUAAUAACAUACUUAUAAUAAAACGCUGUAAAUGUACACAUGCUUGAUGGUUUUAUUCGAUUCAAGAACUGAAAAUCAACCAUGGGUUUUAGAAUUUUACUAGUCACAGUUAACAUUUAAAUACUCUUGGAAAUUUCAUCCUAGAUCAGUGUACUAUAACUUUUUAGAGAAAAUGCUUCUCGGUAAACUAUGUUGACUACACUCAGAGUUAUUUUAAUGUAAUGUGCUUUUCAUUUUAUCUCUACACUAUCUUUUGUAUAUAUAAAUUGAAUGGACCACAUUCUGAUUGUUGUACCCCGGGUGCAAUUUAGUGAAUAAAUUGCUGCAUCCUCAUUCA